AUGGCUUCUCUUAUCCCAAGCACCUUACCAAGGAAUUUCCACACCGAGUUCUAUUUUGUUGGAGCGACCUUAUUCAUUCUCAUUAGCAUUAUCCUCACUCUAAGUCUUCGUCGCUCAUCAAAAGAGAAUAAAGAAAUUCCAAGCGCCUUCGAGUCUUUCCUACGUUUCUUCUACGCAUCGUUCCUGAAGCCCCACAGUGGCGAUGGCACCGGAAAUGGUCAGCAGGAUGCUUUGGAGAGUUUCUACAAAGCACAGGCUGGGGUGUAUGAUAAGACCAGAAAGCGCCUGUUACGUGGUCGAGAAGAUAUGCUUGGACUAGUAGCUGCUCAGCUCGUGCAUAAAUCUGCCACAGAGCGGAAAAAUAAUGUAAAGCGUAUCUGGGUUGAUAUUGGUGGCGGAACUGGCUGGAACAUCGAAGCCAUGUCUGAAUUUGUCUCAGUUCCAGAAUUCUUCUCGAGUGUUUACCUGGUUGACUUCUCUCCCUCCCUCUGCGAAGUAGCUCGGAAACGCUUUGCGCGUUUGGGUUGGAAGAAUGUCAAGGUUGUGUGCCAGGAUGCGAGAACCUUCCAUCUUGAGGAUCAUGAAGAUAAUACUCUUAACGCUGUUACCUUCCGUCGCUCCUCGACCUCGGAUUAUUAUGCAGAAGAUGGCCCAAAUGUCGGUGGUGCAGACCUCAUCACGCUGUCUUACAGCUUAUCGAUGAUUCCUGACUUCUAUUCUGUCAUUGACUCCUUGAGCACUCUACUUGCAUCUUCUGGCAUAAUUGGUGUCGUUGACUUCUAUGUACAAUCAAUCGUCGAUUUGAGCUGUAGAAAUUAUACUGGUGGAGCCAUCAACCGCCAUGUGAACUGGUUUGGUCGACUUUUCUGGCGUGCGUGGUUUGAUGUUGACCGUGUCGGCCUAGAGCCUGGCCGUAGAGACUACCUUGAGUACCGAUUCGGUACCACCCUAGGCGCAGACUCUCGCAAUCGUCUCUUUGGAUCGAUUCCAUACUACAUUUGGCUUGGUUGCUCGAAGAAACCAACUUCUUCUCUCAACACACCAAACUAUCCCCAUGAAAUUGUGGACCGCUUAGACGCCGCAGUCACGGAAUCCCCUUAUUUAUCACCAGUAAACCACACCCAGACCCUCUCUCGUACUGUUGAAAGAUCAACCCCACCGGAACUUCGAUCAAAGGCUUUCGAUGCUGCCAUUAUCAACCUUUCAGCCAACCUACCACUUCCGUCGUUCUUCUACCAAAAUCACCAUUGGAGAAUUCACUACGACGACCAGUUGAAGAAGCACACUCAAUUCAAGCACGAGUAUAUCUACGCUUUCACCUGGGAAGACUCGCGUGUUGACAACCGCCUUCUCAAGCUUGGCUCAAAUGAUGUCGUUCUUGCCAUCACUUCCGCCGGCGACAACAUUCUGUCCUAUGCGCUCUCUUCUCCAGCUCGCAUCCAUGCGGUAGAUUUAAACCCCAACCAAAACCACCUCCUGGAGCUCAAAGUUGCAGCUUACUCUGCACUUCCAUACGCCGAUUUUUGGAAACUCUUCGGAGAAGGCAGACACUCAAACUUCCGCUCGCUACUGAUAUCGCGCCUGUCGCCUCACAUGUCUUCACGUGCGUUCCAAUAUUGGCUCAACAAUACCCAUGUCUUCAGGUCUAGCCGUGGAAAGGGUCUUUACGAGACAGGUGGUUCUAGGCAUGCAAUCCGCACCAUUCGCCUGCUCGCCCGAACCUUCGGGUUCAGAACUCAGAUCAAAGCCCUCCUCUCAGCCAAAACCCUAAAUGAACAGCGCGAGAUCUGGACCAAAAGUAUCCGCCCAAUACUCAUGUCACGACUGCUCAACUACCUUCUCGUUUCGCAAGAAAAAUUCCUCUGGGCUGCAUUAGGAGUUCCCCACAACCAGCUUGCAAUGAUUGAGGCCGACCACCUCCACAUAGCCUCUGAAUCCACACCUUCCUCAAAGCCAUCCUCUCCCCUAGGUCAUUCCGAUGAAGAACUUAACUCCACUCGCGGCCAAGCUGUCUGGCAAUACAUGGUGCAAACGCUGGACCCAGUCAUCGAAUCCUCCCUGAUCGGCGAAGAUAAUCCGUACUAUCUGGUCUGUCUCCAAGGCUCCUAUUCCCCACGCUGCCAUCCCGAUUACCUGGCGCCAAAAUCCCACCGCAAGCUCUCGCGCAGGAGUGCGUUUGACGGCCUGCGCAUCCACACCGACGAAAUCAACGAAGUUGUCAACCGUCUCGCACUCGGCACACUAACCGUUGCUGUAUUAAUGGACAGCAUGGAUUGGUUCAACCCGGGCGCCGAAGAAGCGAGCACCCAAAUCGCAAAGCUGAACCGCGCGCUCAAGCUCGGCGGGAGGGUAAUGCUGCGAUCUGCGGCGCUUAUGCCAUGGUAUAUCGCUACAUUUGAGGAGCUGGGGUUUGCGGCUAAGAGGGUUGGGGCUAGGACCGUGGGGACGUGUAUUGACCGAGUUAAUAUGUAUGCAUCCUGCUACACCCUUACUAAGAUCCAAAAUCUCCCUCCCGUCACACCCGUUGACUCGCACACCCGUGUUGGAUCCGUUGAUCUCGAGGAGCUUGAGAUCUGA